GAUCGGGCAUGACACUCUCAGAGGCACUCAAUGCGAACAAAACUUUAACGAAUUUGAACUUGCGCAACAACUUAAUUGGGAAGAGAGAAGCCCUGGCACUCUUAGAGGUACUCAAGACAAACAUGACUUUGGUUAAUUUGGACCUGGGAUUCAAUUCAAUUGGGGAGGAAGGAGCCUUGGCACUUUCAGAGGCGCUCAAGACAAAUAGAACUCUAGCCAAUUUGGACUUGGAAUCCAACUUAAUUGGAAAGGAAGGAACUCUGGCACUGUCAGAGGCACUCAAGACAAACACGACUCUGUCCAAUUUGCACUUGAGAAACAACUCAAUCGGGAAUGAAGGAGCCUUGGCGCUCUCAGAGGCACUCAAGGCAAACACGACUCUGUCUAAUUUGGACUUGGCAUACAACUCAAUUAAGAAGGAAGGAGCCCUGGCACUUUCAAAGGCGCUCAAGGCAAACAUAGCUCUAACUAAUUUGAACUUGGAAUUCAAUUCAUUUGGGAAUGAAGGUACCUUGGCACUCUCAGAGGCACUCAAGGCAAAUAUGACUCUGACCAAUUUGAAUUUGAAGCACAACUCAAUUGGGUAUGAAGGAGCCUUAGCACUCUCAGAGGCACUCAAGACAAACAUGACCCUAACCAACUUGAACUUGCACAAUAACUCAAUUGGGUAUGAAGGAGCCUGGGCACUCUCAGAGGCGCUCAAGACAAACAUGGGUCUGGCUAAUUUGAACCUAGGAUACAACUCAAUUGGGAAUGAAGGAGCCUUGGCACUCUCAGAGACACUCAAGAUAAACACAACUCUAACCAAUUUGGAUUUGGAAUACAACUCAGUUGGGGGUGAAGGGGCUCUGGCACUUUCAGAGGCACUCAAGGCAAACACGACUCUAUCCACUUUGAGCUUGAAAGACAACUCUAUUAGGAAAGAGGGGGCCCUGGCACUCUCAGAGGCACUCAAGAUAAACGCGACUCUGUCCAAUUUAGACUUGGAAUACAACUCAAUUGGGAAUGAAGGAGCUCUGGCAAUCUCAGAGGUACUCAAAACGAAUAUGGCUCUGUCCAAUUUGAGUUUGAAAGACAACUUGAUUAGGAAGGAAGGUGCUCUGGCACUCUCAAAGGCACUCAAGUCAAACACGUCUCUAGCUAACUUGGACUUGGGAUACAACUCAAUUGAGAAGGAAGGUGCUUUGGUACUCUCAGAGAUAUUACCGAUAAACACAACGCUAAUCAAUUUGGACUUGGAGUGCAACUCAAUUGGGGAGGAAGGAACCUUGGCCCUCUCAGAGACACUUAAGACAAGCUCGACUCUGGCCAAUUUGAACUUGACGUACAACUCAAUCGGGAAUGGAGGAGUUUUGGGCGCUCUCAGAGGCACUCAAGGCAAAUACGACUCUGGUCAAUUUGAACUUGACAUACAACUCCAUUGGGAAGGAAGGAGCCUUGACCCUCUCAGAGGCACUCAAGACAAACACAACUCUAACCAACUUGAACCUGCACAAUAACUCAAUCGGGAGUGAGGGAGCUCUGGCACUCUCGGAGGCACUCAAGACCAAUAUGACUCUUGCUAACUUGAACUUGACAUACAACUUAAUUGGGUAUGAAGGAGCCCUGGCGCUCUCAGAAGUACUCAGAUUGAGGUUUGAACAGGACAAUGCACACGCAUUUGCUUUGCUUUGGGAGUCAGGAAAUGAUUGCAACUCGCCUCAGUAAUGUAGUUGUCGGAUGCUAAAGAGGGUUCCUCCUAUCUCAUGCAUUUUCACAAUAUUCAUAUUAUAAAACUAACAACAGCAAGG